CAUCCAUCAAUCAAGUUUUGGCGAGUUCCGACUUCAGCUUCUUCGUCCCAACCUCCCCUCACCACAGCCAAUUCUCUCCGAUACGUACAACAGGUGUAUGAAUAAGUGGUACGAGCACAUGUCCCCACAAAACCGGCAGUGACUCCGGAAUCCAUUGAGUGAGCGCGCCAGCGCGAUAGAAGAUGCUGUCUGGUUGCUAGCCAGCUUGACCUAAGCAUUGCAGACACGAUGCUUGCUCAGCGGCCUCAGAGACCACAGCGCAUGACAAGCCUGGUGGAAUACGAUAGACCAGAGGACGAAGACAACCAGAUGGAUCAAGCAACCGAGAUGGCGUCCCCGUAUAGCUUCGUCGAUAAUGCCGAUCGCUUUGCUAAGGCUCUCGACUUUCUCUCGGCCACCCAAAAAAGCCCUGCUGAGCAACGAGCCGACAUUUUCACCUUAGUCGAAAAGUAUUAUCAGCAUGCUACAAACAAGGCCCAUGCCCUGCGCAAGGGACAAAGCUCAACAUCAAGCACCGGUCUUCGACGUUUAGACGAUUCUUCGAGCCAAGACUCGAUGGAGUUGGAUGACGCCGAUAACCCAUCAUCGGCACCCGACUCGGCAGACGAAUUAGAACGGUGGGAGCAGGAAGCGCAGGUUUGGGAUUUGCUGCGUCGCCUUCUGCCUCUACGCUUUUCAGGCCGGAAUGCCCCUAAACUGGUACAGCGUGAGGCGUCCAAAUUUCAGUCCACUACUGCGCUCUGGGACCAGUUCAUUCAGUCGGAUCCUUUAGCCCAGGAACGCAAGGCAAUUCUUGAGUGUCUGCAAACUAGUGCCGAUGACACCCGGAUCAACAUCGACGACCUCGUACGAGAUUUUCAGAAGCAGGCUGACCGUGGUGAUAUCAUAGCCCAUGGCUGGCUUCACACACGUUCCGCCAUUAAGAUGCAGAAGAAUGUAAACAGUUGGACAGGACCUCUAGAUCCUACAAGCGCGGACGCCGGUCAACUAGUCGAUACCAACGGCUCCAAUCCACUUGUCACGCAAUUAGACCCCGAUGUGGCCACAAGGCAAGGGCGCAAAUUGGAGCCACAAGAUGAAUACUUUGAGCGUGCCAUCUGGCUCGGUUGCUAUGAGCUUCUUCGCCGUGGUAGAAGCCUGAACGAGAUUCGGGACUGGUGUCUUGAACGAACGGAGGUGUGGCGAGCAGUCAGCAUGUCAGCCAUGCCGUUAUCGAAAGCCGAUGAACCACAACAGCCCUCUACCGAUCCUUUAUCCGCUUUAUUAUGGCGUCGAACGUGUUUCGCUCUUGCGCGUCAGGGGGGUAUCGAUGAUUACGAACGCGCAGUCUACGGUAUACUUUCAGGCGAUAUCACAAGUGUGGAAAAAGUCUGCAAGACUUGGGACGAUUUUGUCUUCGCUCAUUACAAUGCUCUACUGAGAGCUCAGUUUGAUGGAUAUCUCAUGAAACGAAUCUCACCGGACUCAACGGCCAGCAUCCAUCAAGCAUUUCCCUCGUUCAACGCCCUUCACUUCCACGGAGAUGCCUCUUCGGCUAGUGAGCGUCUUGUUAACUCUCUGGAGUCAAAUCCGAAGACGUCUAGUGAGGCUAGGCACCCGCUAAAAGCCUUGCAAGGGGCCAUCAUAUCGAAUAAUUUAACACAAUACAUGCACGACCUCGGUGUAGCAUUAGGAAAACGUGCAAACCAAUCAGCGCCUUCCAGUCUGAUACCAGAAAUCGAUAGCGUUACUGUCAGCGUUACCGAUCCGAGAUACUUCAUGAUGAAUGACUAUGAAGGUCUACGUGUAGCAACGCACGUAUACUUGUUAGUCUCUCACCUCGACCGUCUUCAAAGCGGGUAUGACAUUAUCGAUGCUGCCCGUCGUAGGGCUCAGGACAACAUCAUUGCCACAUAUGUCAGUAUAUUGCGAUUAGCAAAUCUGACAGAUUUAAUGCCUCUCUACUGUUCGAAGCUCGAAGAAGAACGAGGUUUCUAUACGCUUAGCCGAAACAUUGCUCGAUUAGAAGCGCCAGGGGACAGAGAUAUACUGCUCAGGAUUAUGGAAAAGUUGGGCAUGGACAUUGCCAAAUUUGUCAUCUAUCAGCCACGAUCCAUCCUUGAACAAGCUCGUACUCCCAAUCAGGUCAUACCUGCGUUUGGUGCUCUUACGGUAUUUUUAAAUAGCCCUCCUACGUUGAAGUACGGUCGCCCCCUAAAGCCAGACUUCUUUGGGGACGAGCCAGAAAACUUUGAAACUGUCGACGAGUCUUUAAUUCGCUCCCUCGAGUGGUUUCUUCUAGUAGAUGGCCUCUGGGAAGAGUUUUUUUCCGCCGGUACUGCCAUCUACAAGCGAUUCCUGAAGAAUUUCAAUCUCCACGCAGCACGCUCUCUGUCUGAGCGGGUUCGGUGCUCAGAGAUAUUCAGAAAAAAGGCCAGUGUCCCUAUUACAGACGACACAGAUGUUUCAUGGUUCGAAGAGCUGCGCUCGGGAGCUCUCACUAGCUCAUAUCAAGGUAAUGAUCUCGACGCAGAACAAGUAGCAGCAGCAAGAAAUUACUUUGAGAUGGAAUGUCUGGUGCGGGCUCUCGACUGCAUGGAAACAAUUGCCUCUAGUGAAGCCAUGGCUCAAGACCCGACGGAGGAUUUAGGGAGAGACUUCUGGAGCCAUGUCGGAAACGAAGUCAAGUCCAUCAAGAGCUACAUGCGGCCUAUCUUUGAUGGCUGGCUCUUGGAAAGUCUUUCAGAAGACGAAGAUUUCCAAUAUCUUCGAGACGCGUAUCUUCCCGAGACAAUCAUAGGAUACGUUAGCGUUCUACAUUUUGCAGGGACCAGCUUGUCGCGGGACAACUUGCUGGAGUGCAUGGAGCUUGCAUCAAUCAUUGCCAGAAAAGACUCGGAUGUGGCAGCAGUGCUUAUGAAGGCUGGGCGCAUGAGAGAGAUCGUGGAGGGCUUUGCGAACUGCAGCAAGGCACUUGCCAUCAGUAGCAAUGAGAAGAAGGGGUCAGGGGGGAGCAGCAAGAAGUUGCGCGAGAUGGGUUGGACUCGUGAACUAUGGUCCGUCCAAAGAUGAGAUUGGCGCGGUGCACCGGUUUCCCCAAGGGAUGAUUCUAGUAUUCGGAGGCUCUCUAUCCAUCGUCGAUGUACAACAGGUUUAAGGCAUGAUAUCCCUCAGAUAGCACGGAGAGUGUGUAUUGAGAAAAACAUUGAUGAGCUCGUGAUUGGGCCAAGGAGCCCAUAAUGUUUCUUGAGGCGGCGUUACUACAUAUUGUUGUCUCGAGUGCUCUAUAAGGACAUUCUCCCUGCGGCGUCUACUUAAGGUACCCCGGGCCCUUUGGUGCCCAUUGCAUUCAGAGCUAGGUUAGGUCAGGCCAUGCACAAGCUAUUUCAUCUAAUUUCAAUGUUCACGAU